GCCAUAACCAGAAGUUCAAACGACCGGGAUUCCUCCAUAAGAUCGGAUCUUUCCUGCUUUGGCGACGCCGGAAACCCGAAUUCAGUGCCCAAACAGUAGUCCACCGACCGACCGACCGACCGGGAAGUUCCGAUCAUGGCCGUGGAGAUGUUUCAAGAGCCGGAGUCGGCGUUCCUCGACUCCGUCCGGCGGUACCUGCUGUCGGAGGACUCCGAGUGCCGGUUCUUCGAGCCGCCGCCGCCGCCGACCCGGAACUUCUGCGGCGCCGGAGCCCCGGUGAUCUGCGGGAGCUCCAGCUUCAGCAGCCUGUACCCGUGCCUGACCGAGAACUGGGGCGAGUUGCCGCUCAAAGAAGAUGACCCGGAAGACAUGGUCCUCUACGGCGUCCUCCGCGACGCCCUCACGGUCGGUUGGGCGCCGUUCCAGCCGAGCGGGCCACCCGGUCCCGGAUUCGGGGCGAGCCAGGUGGUUAAGCGGGAGCUGGAUUCCUUGCCGGCGCCGGCUUCUUCGCCGGAAUCCGCCGCCGCAGCCGCAGCCGCAGCCGCAGCCGCAGCCGCUGUCCCUCAGACGGAGAAGGCGGCCCAGGCGGCCCAGGCGGCGGUCCCGGCGAAGGGGAAGCAUUACAGAGGAGUGAGGCAGCGGCCGUGGGGGAAGUUCGCGGCGGAGAUUCGCGACCCGGCUAAAAACGGGGCUCGGGUUUGGCUCGGGACCUACGAGACCGCGGAGGACGCCGCGCUGGCUUACGACCGGGCCGCUUACCGGAUGCGGGGCUCGCGGGCGUUGCUCAAUUUCCCUCUCCGGGUCAAUUCGGGCGAGCCCGACCCGGUUAGAGUGACGUCGAAGCGGUCAUCCCCGGAACCAUCAUCAGCAUCGCCCUCCUCCUCCUCCUCCUCCUCAUUGUCGUCGGAGAGCGAGACCUCGAAGAGGAGGAAGAAGGCGGCCGUGCCGGCGGGUCGGGCAGCGGCGGCUCAAUUCGGGUCGGAGCGAGUGGGGAAUGCUGACGCCGUCAACGGAUCUUUGCAAGUUGGACAGCAAGUGGGAAUGUGGACAAGUGGGCAGCAGCUGAUGGUCAGUGGAUGUCGACAGACAGUGAAAUGUGAAACCACUUGUUGAGGGAGCAGGACAAUUUUGAUAAAGAGCCCCGUGGACGAUUCGCCUGAGGAAUAUAAAUUCUUUGGAAUUUUGUUGGGAGUGGAAGUGGGAGAAGAAAAUUUUCGACCAAAAAGAAAAAUUGGGGAAGAAAUUAUUCUAAAUAUAUGUAUAAAGUGAAUGAAAGGGGAGAUUUUUUAUUUCUUUUUUUAUUCCUUUCCCUUGAACCUGUGAAUACAGAUUUUGUUAAUGCAUUAUUGAGAAGUUUUGUGGAA